AUGAAGCUUCAUGUAUUGGACAUAAUAGUUCUUGUUAUAUACUUUAUAGCUUUAUUUGCUACUGGAAUAUAUGCAUUAUUUACUUCUAGAAGAGGAACUGUCACUGGUUAUUUUUUAGCUGGACGCUUUAUGACAUGGCUUCCUGUUGGGGCAUCCUUAUUUGCUAGUAACAUUGGAAGUGAACAUUUUAUCGGUUUAGCUGGGUCAGGAGCAGCAGCUGGCAUAGCAGUAGGAGCUUUCGAACUAAAUGCGUCAAUUUUGCUUCAGCUUCUCGGGUGGGUAUUUCUGCCGGUGUAUAUUGCAAGUGGAGUAUUUACAUUACCAGAGUAUAUGAAGAAGCGAUAUGGCGGAGAAAGGAUACAUAUAUAUCUUGCCGUUUUGUCGCUUAUACUAUAUAUUUUUACAAAAAUUUCCGUUAAUUUAUAUUCAGGUUCUCUGUUUUUAACUGAAGCAUUAAAAUGGAAUACUUGGGUAUCAAUUGUUAUGCUGCUUUUGCUGACUGGUCUUAUUACUGUUACUGGUGGAUUAGCAGCUGUUCUCUAUACAGAUACAUUGCAAUUUUUUGUCAUGAUUAUUGGUGCUUUAAUACUAGCCAUAAUCAGCUACAUAAAUGUUGGAGGUUUCAAUGGUGUCCUUUCAUCUUAUGGUCAUGCUAUAGCACAAAUGAAUAGUUCAUUAUCUGAAGAUUCCGAUAUAAUAAUAAGUUUAGCUAAUGCUCUUAACACGACUAAUUCUACUUCACUGACCCAAUUGGCCAGUUCACCAAAUGUUCCGCCUAGUUUAGGAUGCAGUCUACCAUCUUCGAAUGCUUUUGUAUUAUUACGUGGAAUCGAUGAUCCAGACAUGCCAUGGCUUGGAUUUCUACUCGGUCAAACACCUGCAUCAAUAUGGUAUUGGUGUACUGAUCAGAUGAUGGUACAACGUGUUCUAGCGGCAAAAAGUUUAUCUCAUGCUCAAGGUGCAACAUUAAUGGCUGGUCUUAUUAAACAACUUCCUUUAUUUCUAAUGGUCAUACCUGGCAUGAUAAGUCGAAUACUAUUUCCAGAUGAGAUCGGUUGUAAACCUGGACCAGAUUGUUAUCGAAUUUGUGGACAAAAAAGUGGAUGCUCAAAUUUAGCCUAUCCAAAACUUGUGAUUAAUAUUAUGCCAUCAGGUCUUCGAGGUUUAAUGUUGGCUGUUAUGUUAGCUGCGUUAAUAUCUGAUUUAACUUCCAUUUUCAAUUCAGCUAGUACAUUGUUCACAGUGGAUGUUUAUCAAAAAAUUAGAAAAAAAGCCAAAAAUAUGGAAUUAAUGUUUGUUAGUCGAAUAUUUGUCAUUGUAUUAAUCUUGUUGAGUAUUGCAUGGAUUCCGGUCAUUCAAGAAUUACAAGGUAGUCAAUUGUUUAUUUAUAUUCAAGCUGUAUCCGCUUAUCUUGCUCCACCUGUGGCUUCAGUCUAUUUAUGCGCUAUUCUAAUUAAACGAACUACAGAAAAGGGAGCAUUUUAUGGCUUAAUGUAUGGAUUAGUGAUUGGUUUAAUUCGAUUAAUUCUUACAAUUAUAUUUCAUGAACCAGUAUGCGGUGAACAAGAUACCAGACCAUGGUUUAUUAAAAAUAUUCAUUAUAUGUAUUUUGCUGUAUUCUCAUUUAUAACAUGUGGUUUAUUGGUAUGUUUAUUGUCAUUAACGGAGAAUCGACCAACCAAUGAACAAUUAUGUCGUUUAACUUAUUGGACUGCAUGGGAUAAACCGACAAAUACUAAUGCAUUUUAUCCAAUUGAUUCACAAAAUGAUAUUCUCUCUAAUGAAAUGAUUAUUCAGCAUAAUAAUAAUAAUAAUAAUAAUAAUAAUAAUAAUAGUUAUCAUAUAAUUGACAAUGAAAAGAAAAAUGUCAACUUAACUAACACUCACACUAUGAACUAUCAUCAUCAUCAUCAUCAUCAAUCUCAGCCUAAUGAAACAAUGCACAAUGUGAAAAUAUCUUCGAAUAUUUUAAAUCAAAUAAUAAAUGAUAAUGAUGUUAAUAAUUCUUCAAUGGAUUUGAAUGAGAACAAAAUUAUAAAAUUACAACAACAAUCACAACAAAAAGAAUCUAUAACUAAUAAAAAUACUGAAGCUUGUGAAAACAAAUCGCAAUCUUCAUUAUACUAUGGAAUUAUGAAAAAUAUUUGUCUUUGGUUCUGUGGUUGUGCUGAUCAUCCAUGUUCUAAUGUUCAAUUAAAAAAUAAAUGUAAAUGUUAUUGUUGUUGUGUUGGUUUCUGUGAAAAUUUAUCAACUAAUCUACAUUCAAAUGAUAAGAAAAUUUAUAUUAUCACUGGAAGCGAUGAUUUAAGUAUGGUUGAAGAUGACAAGCUCAAGAAAUCCAUGUUAAAAGAUAUGAAUUUGGAUUCGGAUAAACAUUUUGCUAAAAUUACUUCAUUAAAACAAGAUCCAGCUGUCAAGUUAGGCUUAUACAUUGGUUUAAUUUUGACUAUAAUUUUAUCAAUUUUUGGUUUUAUAUUUUUCUCUGUUUAUUUCGGUACCAUUAAUGUUGGUCCAUUACCGGUUUUUGUUGAUGAUCAGAGAAAUUUCAAUGAAACAUUCAAUGAUGCAAUCAAUUUAUUACAGAAAUAUGGAAUCAUCACAAUACAACACCACAAUAAAUAA